UCGCGGUUCAAGCACAGUACCUGACAUGCGUGAGAUUCUGUGUUUCUUGUCAUUGUUAAAUGUCCUGUAAUUUUGUUUGACAUAGUAUAGUUUAUUACAUUAUCAUUAUCUAAUUUGUGGAGUUUAACUUGUUUGUUAUACUUUACAAAUACAUAAUUUGUUCAUUCUUUAGCUUGCUGAAUAUGCAGCUUUAGCAUGGCUAGCAGAGGAGCAUUCGUUUUAAAAAUCUAUUUCAGUCUCUUAAAUCUUCCUGGACAAACAUAGACAUUAACAUUUGGAGGACAACAGUACAGUUUCGGUGUCGAACCCAUAUAAACUUGAAAACGACGGUAUAUCUUCGUUUAAGCCUUAGAAAUGAACGGGCAAGCUGAAGUAGAGGUGGAUUACAAGAGAAAAUACAAAAAUAUCAAACGCAAAUUAAAGUUUCUGGUAUAUGAGCAAGAGUGUUUUCAGGAGGAGCUGAGAAGAGCUCAGAGGAAACUAUUAAAAGUUUCUAGAGACAAAAGUUUUCUGUUGGACAGACUGUUGCAGUAUGAAAGGGUGGAUGAAGAGUCGUCUGACUCUGAUGCAACCGUUUCCUCAGACAGCGAUGGAGAAGGAGCCAGGGAGAGAGACAGUGAAGCAGGGAAGAAAAGGAGGAGUCCUGGGGUUCCUCCCGUCCCUUCGUCCUCAUCUCCUCAUCUCUCAUUCCUGUCUCGCUCUGGUGCGGUUCCUCUCCAGUCAUGUGCUCCGGCACAGUACCUCAACACUGUGGUUGGCCCACUCACAUCCAGUUACCCUGCAGGCAGUGGUGCAGCUGGGGGUGUGAGUGGGCCAUUCAGCUGGGUCCCACAGCAGAUGCUGAGUGAGGAUGCAGCCGAGGAGGAGGGAGAGAGUGAAGGAGAGAGUGAUCGAGGAGAGGAGGAGAGAGGAGAGGGUGAUGAGGCAGAGCUGGUUAUUGACAUACCCAAUGAGUGAAGGUGCUAAAUGAAACUGCAAGCAAAAUAUUUUUUCAAAAUCAUUUUUGUUUAAUGUAUUUUUAAUGUCCUCUGA